CUUUGGAUAUUCUAAGUUAUGGGAAAAGUUGUAAGAAUAGUCAGAUUUUCCACAGCUGUCAGCUUUGGAUAUUCUAAGUUGUAGAAAGGUUACAACAAUAGUAAUAAAGUUCGUUAGUUGUCUAUUAGGGAUGUUCUGGGUUUUGAAGUGGUUGCAACAGUAGUUGGAGAUUUUCCAUUAGUUGUUUGUUUGGGAUCUACUGAGUUAAGAAAAAGUUGCAACAGUAGUCAGAGUUUUCAUAGUUGUCUGUUGGGAUAUUCUGAGUUAUUACAAAAUUGCAGCAGUAGUCAGAAUUCAUGUAUUUAUAGAUCAUUGUAACGACCAAGAAGGUCAUUAGAUUAAAUAUUAAUUUUGAGUUUUUAAAAGGCUUGAACAGUUGACAUUAUCAGAAUGUUCAAAUUAGUAAUUUGUUGGAAAACUCAACAAGAAUAAUGAGGAUCACCUGUUUGCGAUUUCAGAAUUCCACACUACCACAGUGUAUUGUAUCAAGAUGAUAAUUAUUUUUCGAGAAUCUGACAAAGAAGAACAAGUUAGACUACUGGAAGAUCACAGAUCUGGACAUCUCAGUGAAGAAGCAUAAUCACAUCACUUGUUCAACAUACAUGUAAGUAAUACAUUUGUGGACCAUUUGCUUCCAUCCCUUACUGCUACAGGUUUCUACCAGCACUGCUUAACAAUGAGUGCUUAUCCACUGGAAAGCACCAUGCAGAAUGGUGCAUAUCCAUGGGUCGCACCAAGUUCCCUUGGUCAGAAGAGUUGGCCUCCUGGGUACCAGGCCAGUCUAACUGAUCUCUUCUUGAAGAAGAAUACUCUCCAUUUUGGAACAGGAAUUUCUCAGCUGGCAGCUGCAUCUAGUUACAUUGAAAAGAUGUCUUCUUUUAGUGACCAUGUACAAAAGUGCCCCCAUCCUGAUGCCAAGGAUAAGCCUUAUCCCUGUGAGGUCUGUCAACAGUACUUCUCCAUUUACAAUGGCUUGAAGUCAGAUGGUGCAUCCAGCAGUAGCACUAACUGUGGUGUAGGAGAAAUCUCCAAUGUCAACCGACCGAUGAGUGCCCCUCCUGAAAGAAAGCAGAUUCCACCAACUCAACCACCUUCUCCUGGUUUAGUAAAUCAGAAUCAUCUGCCUCAAUCUGACCAGACUCUCCAACAACCACCUCCCUUGUCUAAUAAGUACCAACUCCCAGAGAUGAGCCACUAUCCUCAUAGGCCACGACCACCUCCUACCAAGCAGUUUAUGUGCCACGUUUGCCACAAAUAUUUCACUCAAAAGGGUAAUCUAAAAGCACACAUGAUGAUCCAUACUGGGGAAAAGCCAUAUGCUUGUAAAGUGUGUGGAAAAAGUUUCACCCAGAAGGGUAAUGUGGACACCCACAUGAAGAUCCACACUGGAGAAAGGGAGUUUGGCUGUGAUAUGUGUGGCAAAAGAUUCACACAAAAGGGUAACCUAAAGACCCAUAUUCGAAGUGUUCACAUAAAAGAAAAACCUUUUGUAUGUGGAGUUUGUGGGAAAUGUUUUUCACAGAAAGGUAACAUGCAGACCCACAUGAGGACACACAACAAAGAAGACCGCUUUCCCUGCACCCUUUGUGGAAAGACCUUCUCACAGAAGGGAAAUCUUAAAACUCACAUGCAAAGACACACUGGUCGAGUGCCGUCUCGUCAAUGUGUGUCACGUGGUUGUCCCACUGGCCCACACCAUACUCCUGAUUCAGAAACAGCUCAUUUUGCUCCUUAUCGUCUCCUCAAAUCUACAAAUGUUAUGAAAAUACCUUCUUCAUCCCCACCUUCAUCAUCUCCAACUAAUCAACCUUUAGAAGCUCAUGGACAAAUUUUUAGAAAUAUCCAUAGGCUUCCUCCUCAAGUUAUCAAACCUAUUCCUGAAACACACCCAAACAUGAGAACAUCCCCUUUACAGAUAUCUUCAAGUUAUCAGGACUCCCGGAUGUCUUCAAGUACACCUACUUCCAUUGGAGCUCACUCUCACAUGGGCCAUAAGUUUUCUUAUGUCUCCCAUCACCCAGGUGUAUCAAGUCCUUCACCUCCAGGUAUCAUGAACCAACCCCCGGCUCACCUUCAAAAACUAUCAGUACAUUCCUUUCCACCUCUUCAAGGUGAGAUGAUCCCUUCUGUCAUGCACAGUUCUGCACCACAUCCUUAUAUGUCCCGGAUUAAUAGUCCCUCAGCAUGUGUCACCACUGGACAAGUAUUUGUUUCUGAAAAUGAAGAAAGACCUUUUUACUCUACUCCUCCCAUGCCAGUGCCAGCACCAAUUGCUCACUCUUCUCCUUGGCUAUCCCAUGGAUACCAAAGGCAUUACAACAGUUUCCAACCCCCAUCUACCAUGGGUUCCUAUGGCUCCAUUAACCAUCAUCCUACUCCACUCUCUCGAUUGGCUCUUUUAAGUUCCAGUGCGAUAACUCAUCAUCAUCCAUUUGGAAAUUCAUCUAUAGAAGACAAACAUUUUGGAACAAAUCCUGCUCAUGAUGAACACUUGGAAUCUCACUACCACCAAUCAGGAAGUCCAGAUUUUUCCCAGCUUCUGGACUAGAACCCAACCUGUUACUUGGGAAACUAACCAGAAAGUACUGUUUAAAAUGCAGAAAUAACUAAUCUGAUUUUGAUUAAACUAAUUCAUACUUUACAUUUUUCUCUUUUGCAUUCACAUAGAUCUAUAAGUGAUUUUUUUCCCAGAUGAAUGGAAAAAUAAGAAUUUAAAUCCAUAUUUUGAAGGGACAGAAUUGAACUGUUUGUAGUGGAACAUACUGAAAGUUUCUGAAACUAGUCUAUUGACAUAGUUUCUAGAUUCAAAUAUCAUAUAAGUAGUUACAAACAAAAUAUAGAUGUAUAUAUAUAUUAAACUAAAAAUACCUGCUCACUCUGUAUUUCAAGAUCAAUUUUAAAGUUGUCUUUACCUAUAUAAGCACUUUCAUUGUGACAAAUCUUUUGUUAUUUUUACUAGUGUUUUAGUUUGGUUCAAAGCAUGUUUGCUAAAGUUGCAAUUGUUGUUGUUGCCACUUAAUACUUUAAAAGCUUAAUGAAAAGUGUGAAGUUUAGAUCUUGAUAUAGUUGAAGGUUCCUAAGAAAGGACUGUGAUAAAUUUUUGACUGUACCAAACUAAAAGAUGGAAUUAUCAUGUACCACAUUUCAUUUUGGAAUGUGUAAGUUACAGCACAGUUUAAUGUAAUUGUAUAACAUAUCGGAUUAGAACAGCAUUGCUACUGAUAAACAAAAUUUGUUUUCAUGCAGUGUUGGUUAGUAUGUUUCACAUCUGUAUAACAGAUUUAUAAUACACAGUGCUGUUAUGUAACAGGAGUAUGUACACAGCUGAUGUGUCACGUCAAGAUGUAUUACUGGCUGAUGCGUAAUACUUGCACAUGUACAGGACUAGUGUGUCCCAUCAAGAUGUGUUACUGGCUGAUGUGUAAUACUCGCAUAUGUACAGAGCUAGUGUGUCACGUCAUGAUAUGUUACUGGCUGAUGCGUAAUACUUGCGCAUGUACAGGGCUAGUGUGUUACAUCAAGAUGUGUUACUGAUGUGUAAUACUCAUACCAGUACAGGAUUGGUGUCACAUUACAUGUGUAAAUAAUGUAUAAUACUCAUACAUGUACAGGACUGAUAUGUCACAUCAAAAUGUGUUACUGAUAUGUAACACUCGUACAUGCACAGUGCUAAUGUGUCAGAACAAGAUUUAUUACUGAUAGCAUACAUGAACAGGACCAGUAUAUCAAAUCAUAGCAUUAUUGUUACUAACAUGUAAUAUUUUUAUACAAGAAUAAAGCUAGUGAGGGUGUUACAUCAGGUGAUUGUGUUCAUGUUUCACUCCAUACAUGGUGUUUAGAGUUAUGUAUAACUUGAACACUAGUGCUGAUGAAAUGCAUUACUUCUACAUAUACUGUUAAGGAUAUCUACACAACCAUUCAGUAUGUCACAGUAAAACCUACUCUAUUAAUAUUCUGGCAGUUUGACACAUCAACAGGUGUCGUGUCUAUUGGUACUGAUAUAUUACACCAGUUAUAUAACUGAUGCUGCUUAUGUGUUAUGAUAAUACACAUAAUAUCACUUAAAGGUCACACCAGUGUGCACAUGUACUGACAUUAACAGAUCACACUAGCAUUUAUGUAUGCUGAUACUAACAGAUCAAACCACUGGUAUCGUGACAUAUACUGACAGAAAUGUAUAUACAUGAAACAUGUGCUAAUAGGUCACUAUGGAAUAUACUUGUGCUAAUUGGUGAAAUCAGCAACUGCGUAUACUAACAAUGUGUCAUAUUACAAUAUACAUAAAGAUGCUUGUGUUAUACCAGCAUAUACAUAAUUACAUUAUUAUAUCAUACACACACAUACAUACUGAUACUAACAGGUGAAACAUAUAUUUUAAAGGGCCUUAUAAAGAAUGAGUAACAAAUAACCAACAGAUGAUUUAAAGGAACUAGUAAACAUACUGUCCUAGUCAUCUCAGUAGAUAUCACACGUGCCAGAUCAUUUGAUUUGUUUUUUCUCCAUCUGCCAUGAGUGGCAAUUAGUAACACCCUUUUCUUUCCAAGAUCAAACAUAGCCUUUUGUUUUCUAUCUACAUCUUGAACACUCCAACACCAAAACUACUAUGAAAAAGAACUUUUUCCUUUGCUUGACAAUGAAUAAUAUGUUAUCAGAUGUGUCUGUACAAAACCACAAGUGAAAAGUGCGGGCAUACAUAUAUGAUGUUGUGAGAAAUGCUUGUUUUCUAUAGCUGUCCAUUUUGACCACUUUGUGCAUAUACAUCUGUCUCAUGCUACCACACCUAACAUUAACACUAAUGUACCAUACCAACAUACACAGCAUACAUACACUGAUACUAUGUCACACCAGGAUAAAGAAUACAUGUCAGAUGUUAUGUUCGCCAGUUGUCAGUUAAGGGCUUUUACUUAUGCUUCUUAAUAGUACAAAUAUGUUGUUGUUAUUGGGCUAAGGAUUCUUCUACAGUGGGCAUCUGUGACUUGUUGGUGAUAAAUG